AUGGCUUCCCCGCCCAGACAUCGAGCAAGCCAUCACAAUCCAUCGGUUCCCUUCCCCCCAAAUCCCCCUCGAAACCGACAAAUGCCGCCUCUGCUUGCGCGACUGGUACACCGACAGUUCGUACCCGUGCACUCUGCCCUGCAACCACGCUCUAUGUCUCGAAUGCACAGCCCACAGCAUCGACCACGCAGGCUACGGCACCCUGUUCCCCAGCGAAGUGGACCCGGGGCGGAAUACUGGUGCUGCGGCACCUGUCGCGCAAUCAUGCCCGUCCUGGUCGAUCGCACGGACAUGAUUGCCGACGACGAGGCUGACGGUACAAGAUUGCGAGCACCGGCUUAUGGAGCUCGUCACCAGCUGGCCGGUUAUGUUGUGGGCGGCCGAGGGGGAUGGUUGGUGUGCUGCGUUGCCUGUGCGACUGGCGGGGGACCACGCGGAUCCGAAUGA